AGCUGCGGUGCACUGCGGCGCCUCAAUGGCACCGCACCGCCCCUCGCGGCGGGGGUUCGCCGGCCUGCGCCAUGGCCUUGCUGGCUCCGGGCUUGGGCCAGGCCAGCUGCGCCCUCCUCGCGGCGUUCGCGCUGGCUGGUCCUCGCACCGCCGCGUUCGCGGGAGCCUCGGACGCGUACCAGUUCGGCGCGGGCUGCGCGAAGGGACCACAGGAUGUGCUGAACGCAGAACAGCAGGAGUUCGUCCGCGGCAUGCAGCAGAAGUUGCACUCGGAAGAGCUGAAGGAGUCGUGCCACGGAGAUGACGUCGCCCCCGUCCUGCUCCUGCAGUCCACUCCUGCUGUCCUGGUAAACCUCAACGCGACGCGGUCGCACGAGGACUACCACUAUGCGGAGACUGCAGCCGAGUUCUUCGGUGCGAUGUUCGUCACCGCGGUGGUACUCAGAGGGGUAAAAGGUUCCGAUACCGCUACUUUCCCCUCGGUUUCGCCUUUGUGGUGCCUCCUGGGAGGCCCUCGUCGCCACGGCUGGAUUCGCCUCGAACUUUUGGUCAGAACGUGCUCUGGGAGAGGCUGGGGGAGUAGCGGUAUCGGUAUAUUCUGGUUCACCCAGAUACUUGCGUCCCCCGUAGCGACGAUCCUCUACAUGCGCUGGCCCAAGAGCCAAGAGACUUGGAAGCCCAAGGCCACCAGGGACAUUAACUCGGCCGUCCUGAACCUUUUCCUGUUGGCGCUCUGCUCGCUCGUGCUGGGUAUCAUGAGCUGGCAGAUCUUUGUCGAGUGCGACUACGUGACCGGCGACACGAGUGACGGCAUGGCUGGGGAGGCGGGGUUUGGCCAGAUCCACGUCAUAGGCCUCGCUGCCGCGCUCUACCUUGCCCCGGUCGCCGGUGUCGCGACGCUGACCGCCACGGGGUUGAUGCUCUCGCAGCCCAGCGGCAGCAUCUCCGAGGGCGUCAAGGUCGGCUGGCUCUGCCUGCUCGUGGCCGGCUCCUGCGUCGCGACGGGGAUCUCGGGGGAGGAGGAGGUACUGCAGGGCCCUCCUGGCCUCGGCAGCAGUAUCCUCGGAACCUGGUCAGAACGCACCCCAGUGGAGGUCCUGGGAGUGGCGAUAUCGGCACUUCAUUUCAGGAGGGGAGAAACACACAGACACAGCUGAUCGUCGACAUCCAAAAAAAUAUGGGAAGAUAUGAGAAGUGGGGGGGGCGAAGACGGAAGCCCAGCAAAUGUGGGAUACUAUGGGGAAUCCUGGGGUUAUUGUGUAUUUAUUUGUGUGUCCCUGGGUCCCUUCAUUACUUACCCCCCCCCAGGAUCGGUGCUCAUCUGUGCUGGCCCGUGCUCUCCUGCGGCAUCCUGGGGUGCACCGGGGUCGACCACGGUGGCGGGACGGUCCUCGGUGGCCCUGGGCUGUGGAUCUUCUGGUUGGGCGCGGGGUUCACGGUCGUGUUCGUGACCAUCCUCGCGAAGCGCGUGCUCGCGGGCCAGGCCCCCGCGGCCGACCCGCCGCGCUCGCUGGAGGGCCAGCUGCGGCGGCAGCGGGCGGCGCGGCUGGCCGCGGCGCUGAGCCUGGCCCUGGUGGUGAUACCCCUCCUGUGGGUGCUGACGGCCCUGCUGCCCAACGCCUUCAUGUAUUGGAUGCCGACGGAUGUCGCGGAAUCGAUGGCGGGGACUGCCUACUAUGCGGAGGACUCCAGCUCCUGGCUCCAGACGGGCCUCAUCAAGCUCUCGGACCACUACAUACUCAAAGCGUACCCCGACACGACGCUCUUCUAUGGGUUCCUGGAGGUCCUUGCCCUGGCGGCUGCAGCCUUGGCAGCCUUUCCGCCGCUCGAGAAGCUUUUGACCAGCAGGCGCCACCCUGGGGGCAUGAGCCUCGGUGAGAAUCUUACAGUCGGCCUCUUCGCCAUCAUGCUCGUGUUCUGGUUCAUUUACUGGCUCCAGUCCCAUUCAUAUCAUUAUGCAAAGUCGGUCAUCGACGGAGUUUGGUUGGAGCGGAUUGCCCGUACAUUUGGUUUGACUGCGGUGCUUUUCAUGGGCCUCAAUUUGUUUCCAGCCUGCAAGAAGUCGUUGUGGCACGAGGCAUUUGGAGUAUCUUGGGAGCGGGGCUUGUGGACACACAGAUGGCUCGGGGGUGCCGCAGUCGCGUUCAUGACGCUGCACAUCCUGACGAUGUUCUGUCGCUACGCCCAGUUGGGCAGCUUCCCAUAUGACGCAAUUCACCUCCACCAGUUCUACCCGAUCAACAAAAACGGAGUGCUCGUGGCGGGCCUUCCAGACUACGACAACUUCACGAUCGGUACCCAGAUGCUCGUGGCCUACCCAGCAUUGUUCAUAUUCGGUGUGUUGCCGCUGUUCCGAAACAAGGGGUGGGAGAUCUUCAAGUACACCCAUUUCUUUUUUCUCGUAUUGAUUCCAGCAACCCUUCUGCAUGCUGAGAGUUCUUGGUACUUCUUGAUCGGUGGGGUUGCUUUCUACCUCGUAGAUUGUGCGAUGCGCUUCGUGGGCGUCACGUCACCCACAGCUGUCCUUCUCUCGGCCAAGACCUACGAGGCAGAGGGCGGAGUGGUGGAGCUCCAGAUCAGCAAGUCACACCCCUACCCUGGGCAGUUUGCAUGGGUAAAUGUUCCUGCGGUCUCAACCUGGGAAUGGCACCCCUUCUCACUGGCCAGCUCCCCGUCCGACGGCGUCUCGAAGAUGUGCAUCAAGAACAUGGGCAGGGGCACCUUCACAGACAAGCUGUACCAGCUGGUUCGCGAGGGGGAUCCCUCGGCGCUGACUGUGCAGCUGGAUGGAGCUUAUGGGCCGAUGUUUGACCCGGCGGACCACGCGGCGUUUCUGCUCAUCGGCGGGGGCAUCGGCAUCACGCAGGUCCACAGCACCCUGCGCACGUUCUCGCAGAUGGCGGUGCGGCGCGAGCUGCCCGCCUCCCUGAAGAUGGUGCGCCUGGUGUGGAUCGUCAGGAGCCCCGAGCUCUUCCGGGUCCUCGACGACUCCAUCGCGCAGUGCCUGCAGGCAGAGUACCCGGCCGGCUCCCCCAAGUUCUCGGUCACCUUCUAUGCGACGGGCGGCGACCAGUCCACGGCGACCUUCGCGGCCCCGCUGAAGAAGGGGAGGCCCUCCUUCCCGCAGAUCUACUCCGAGGCGGUGGGCGACCUGGAGGCCCUCCAGUCGAGCGCGGGCCCCGCUGGCACCAUCUGCGUGCAGGCGUGCGGCCCUGCCGCCAUGGUGUCAGCGGCGGAGGAGGCGGCCGCCGGCCACGCGCGCCUCGUCUUCGACGCCGCGGCGUUCCGGCUCUGAGCGCUGGCUGGCCUGCCCUUCCGGGCGUUGCCAGAGGUUCACCACCCACCAGCCUUCGCCGCCCGGGGCGAGCAUCGGUCCGCAGCAGCGUCCGCGGCGCGGCAAGAAGCCCGCAGUCCGUGCUGACGGCGCCGCAGGUUCCAGCCAUCGUGUGCGUAUACAGGCGAGAGUGCAGUUUCUGAAGUGGUGAAUGUUUCAGUCGCCAGUUGACGUGUAGAUAGACUUAUGUCGGGCCUGUCCCUCUAAAGGAGGAGUCUUCAAAAAUAGCAAAGAAUAGUCUGGGGAAGAUCGUUUCUACUGUGUUGGAGCAUUUUUGAAUAGUUGUUGCGUAUGUUUAUUUGUUGCGCGGGACACGCCCGACCUAAAGAUAGACAGAGGGGCCUGCAUUGUUUCUCUCAGAGUGUCUCCAGCUUUGGCUGGCGCGCACUGCGCUCCAGCACAACUCGCUUGGUUUUCUGGGGAGCUUGUUUGCGCAAGUCCGACCGAGUCGACGGUCGGCUGAGCUGCGCAAUGUGAACGGCAGGCGUUGCUCGUUGCGAUAAGGCCGCUUGCGCUGCUGAAGGAAAACGAUGGAGAUAUUUGGAUCGGUUGAUAGAACCCCCACGCUGCC